AUGAUUCCUUGUUGGCCAAGUUUAUUUUUCUUCUUAAUAUGGCUGUGUAAUGAUGUGACGUCGAAAAGAAAUCACACGCUCAAACCACGAGUCGUGUUGCCGGAAAACUAUGUUAAAGAAAUGCGGCCUCCAUCUCGUAAAGGUCAACCAGUUGUUGUAGAGUUCAGCAUCUACGUGGUCGACGUUAAUUCAAUAAAUGUCGAAGACAUGGAUUUCAGAGUGGAUAUGUUUAUAAGACAAACCUGGCGAGAGAGUAGAUUGCAGUUGCCUGAUGAUAUAUUUGAGGAAGGUGACGACCAUGUCACGCUGCCUCCAGAAUUCUUUGACAACCUUUGGCAUCCAGAUCCUUAUUUUCUAAAUUCUAAAGUUACUGAAAUAGCAGAAUUGACGCACAAAUUUUCGUCGGUAACCUUAUAUAGGAAUCAGACGGUGCGGUAUGCCGCACGAAUGCACGCAAUCAUUGCUUGCCAAAUGGAAUUUCAACUUUACCCCAUGGACAUACAGUCCUGUCCCAUUUAUAUAGAAAGCUUUUCGUAUAGUAAUCAAAAAGUACGGUUUCGAUGGAGUGACGCGGGAGUUACAAUAAAUCCUGAACUAAAAUUAUUGCAAUAUCACAUCGGCGAGCCGUUGCGGUUAGAAGAGACUAAUGGAUAUAUGAUUGAUAAAGACGGUAACUACUCCAGACUGGUCGUCUACUUUAGAUUUGAACGUCAAAUCGGCCAUCAUCUUAUACAGACUUUUGCGCCGUCCUCUUUGGUGGUCAUGCUAUCCUGGUUUAGCUUCUGGCUAGAUUUGGAUGCAAUACCUGGUCGAGUGACGCUGCUAGUUACUUGUAUGUUGACACUUGUCACCAUGUUCACUGGACUCAGAGCCGAUAUACCACCAGUAGCAUAUGUUAAGGCAUUGGAUCUUUGGAUGGCUGGCUGUAUGAUGUUCGUCUUCGCAGCUUUAGGAGAGUUCGUGGUAGUCAAAGUUCUUGACAAACAGUACCAAAUGAAUAAAUCAAAAGCUCAGGACUUACCCAGAAUUAUACCAGUGCGUUUGAACGGAGAGAAAGGGUCAUGUGGAACAGUUGCAGCUUGGGAAGGUAGCGGGGUUCGAUGUCGGAAAGUGGAUCUCACUUCCCCAACAUCCCCUCCGGCUACAACGCCCGCCGUUCAUCCCGCUCCCGGGGCAACUCCACAUUUAGUUGGCGUUGAAAGACGACAAAGUAUAUUACAAGUUGCCUGGCUUGACGCUGACACGGGCCAAGAAAGAGUAUUAUGGAGAGAAAUCGAUAAACUAUCAAGAGUGGUGUUCCCAGCACUGUUUCUUCUCUUCGUCACAAUGUACUGGCCCGUGUUAUUAUUGAAAACUAAGGCUUCGUCA